AUGUUAUCAGUAAUCCCUUUGAUAUGCACGAUAGUGCUAGCAAAGAACAUGGCAAAGGCAACGGACUGCAACCCACCGAUAGACGGCUGUAGCACGUGCACCGGCACGGGUGACGGACAGACCUGCACGGGCUGUACGGCGGGCGACCAGAAGGUCCAGCCGAACGGAAAGGGCUGCAUAGCGGGAUGUCCCCCCAACUCGGACGACGUAGGAGGGAUCUGCACUUGCAAGAGCACGCACAAGCCGUCAGACAAUGGGCAGACGUGUGUCCCGAAAACGGACUGCAACCCACCGAUAGACGGCUGUAGCACGUGCACCGGCACGGGUGACGGACAGACCUGCACGGGCUGUACGGCGGGCGACCAGAAGGUCCAGCCGAACGGAAAGGGCUGCAUAGCGGGAUGUCCCCCCAACUCGGACGACGUAGGAGGGAUCUGCACUUGCAAGAGCACGCACAAGCCGUCAGACAAUGGGCAGACGUGUGUCCCUUCUAAUACCAACAAGAGUAGCGGCCUUUCUACCGGCGCCAUCGCGGGCAUCGCCGUGGCCGCUGUCAUCGUCGUCGGGGGGCUCGUCGGCUUCCUCUGCUGGUGGUUCCUCUGCCGGGGCAAGGCGUAG